AUUGAGCUGCAGAGGGACAAUAACAAUCUCAAGAUGCUUAGACCUGAAACCUAUGGGGAGCCCCAGACCAGCAGCCCUGCCCCUGCCUCUCAUGCUGUUCCUCGGUCUCUCUGCCUCCGCUGGGAUUGGCGGCGCCUCCCUGCUCUGCUGGAGAACUUGCUGUCUGCUGGCCUCCCACAUGAAAGUUCUACCUGUAUUCCUUGCCGCACCCAGUCGGCCCUCCUCCUCUCCACAAAGCUUUGGUAUGCUCAGGUCUGGCACUGUCCCUGCUGUUUGUGCCUGCAUCUGGUGCCAGAUCCCUCAGGCCUUCAGUGGGGCUGGUUCCACCUCCUGGUGCAGAAAUCCAAAAAGUCUUACAAGUUCAAGUUCUGUAGGAGACACAAGAUGCCAGCAUCUGCUCAGAGGAAGAUGCUGCGUAGCUGUUGCCCAUUUCAGAAGGGCCAUCGCAUUUCCAUCCCCUCCCCAAACAUCUCCCACAAGGGGCGGCGCUCCAAAAGGACCCAACCUUUGGAUCCAGAGGCAGUGGAAAGUCUCUCCAGACUAGGCACACAAAGGCAUGGAGGGCCCAAGUUCUCCUUUGAUUUGCUGCCUGAGGCACAGACUAUUCGUGUGACCAUUCCUCCAGGCCCCGAGGUCAGUGUGCGUCUUUGUCACCAGUGGGCACUGGAGUGCGAAGAGCUGAGCAGUCCCUUCGAUGCCCAGAAGAUCGUGUCUGGGGGCCACACUGCAGACCUGCCUUAUGAAUUCCUUCUGCCCUGUCUGUGCAUAGAGGCAUCCUACCUGCAAGAGGACACCAUAAGGCACAAAAAGUGUCCAUUCCAGAGCUGGCCUGAAGCCUAUGGCUCAGACUUCUGGAAGUCAGUGCACUUUGCUGACUACAGCCAGCACGAUCAGAUGGUCAUGGUCCCGACACUCCGCUGUCCCCUGAAGCUGGAGGCCUCCCUCUGCCAGAGGCAGGACAGGCACACCCUCUGUGAAGACCUCCCCAAUGCCACAGCUCGAGAGUCAGAGGGGUGGUAUGUUUUGGAGAAGGUGGACUUGCACCCCCAGCUGUGCUUCAAGUUCUCUUUUAGAAACAGUAGCCAUGUUGAAUGCCCGCGCCAGACUGAAUCUCUCACAUCCUGGAACGUGAGCAUGGAUACCCAGGCCCAGCAGCUGAUCCUUCACUUCUCCUCCAGGAUACAUGCCACCUUCAGUGCUGCCUGGAGCCAUCCAGGCUUGAGGCAGGACACCUUGGUGGCCCCCGUGUACAGUGUCAGCCAGACCCAGGGCUCAAGUCCAGUGACAUUAGACCUCUUCAUUCCUUUCCUGAGGCCAGAGGGCUGUGUCCUGGUGUGGAGGUCAGAUGUCCAGUUCGCCAGGAAGCACCUCUUAUGUCCGGAUGUCUCUCAUAGACGCCUGGGGCUCUUGAUUCUGGCACUGCUGGUCCUCACCACCCUUCUGGGCGUUGUUCUGGUCCUCACCUGCUGGCACCCAUUGUCAGGCCGGGGCCGAGCGCGGCCGGUGCUGCUCCUACACGCGGCGGACUCAGAGGCGCAGCGGCGCCUGGUGGGAGCGCUGGCUGAACUGCUGCGGGCCGCGCUGGGCGGCGGGCACGACGUGAUCGUGGACCUGUGGGAGGGGACGCGCGUGGCGCGCGUGGGCCCGCUGCCGUGGCUCUGGGCGGCGCGGCCCGACCCCUGCGCCGUUCCCGCGCGCGCCCUGCUCCGCGCUGCCCCCCGCCCGCUGCUGCUGCUGGCCUACUUCAGUCGCCUCUGCGCCAAGGGCGACAUCCCCCAGCCGCUGCGCGCCCUGCCGCGCUACCGCCUCCUGCGCGACCUGCCGCGCCUGCUGCGGGCUCUGGACGCGCGGCCUUCCACCAAAGCCACUCACUGGGGCUGCCUCGGGACUCGGUCGUGCAUGCGGGUCCGCCUGGAGCUGUGCCGCCGGCUUGAACUCGAGGCCGCCAAACUUGCAGACCAAGGCUGAGCAGAGCUGCACUGCAGUCCCGGAUGUCUACGCCUCAGAGCGCAGGGGCCUUCUUCCUACCCUGGAAUCGUUACGAUGCCCGCCUAGGACUACUGGCCUAAAAGCCUUAUUCCCUGCCUCCCAGCCCGGGAGUCCCAGCUCAGUGCCCACGCAUGUCCGGCCUACUCUUUAUGCUUACCCUGCUUCUCAGGAUCUCUAGAAAGAGAGUUAUUCCUUAUUGCGAGCCCCUCUAACCGCCCCCCUCACCCCCCGCCGCGUUCUGAUGGAGGAAGGGCGAUCUUCUUCCCACUUCCUUUCUCCAAGAAACUCCAGAAAGAGAGCAGUCUGCACAUUCUCCAGCCCAGGCUGGGGAGGUUGGGGCAAGAGUGGAGCUAUGUCAAUCCUGAAGGAGGGUGGUUCCAGGGGCAUUGGGAGAAACCCCCCCUGGGAGCCAGGGAUCUCCCUUUCCCAGACCCAGGCCCUGCCCAGAGGGGUAGGGAGGGAGGACUCAGGACCCAGGAAAAGAGCCUUUGGCGCUGGGUGGCCAGGACAGAGGAGGAGCAGGAGACCAAGAUCCAGACAGAUGAAUAAA